CGGGCCAGCAAGCUGAUGCGCUCUCGGUUGGGAAGAGAGCCUUGACAGUUCUGUUUCCCCUGAAAAACUGCGAGAAGCCGCAGCAGUAAUAAUACAGGCUAUGCGGGCACGGAUGGCUGACCGUGACUUUUUCGGAGCCUCAUAUAGACCCUGACAUGACUCUUUACAGACAAGCCCCAGCUUCUCGGGAUACCCUGGCCGCCAAAAGGAACUCGACGCCGAUUUCUUUUCACAGAAUGAAUUGAGACGACUUUAUAAGGACGAAGAUGUUCCCGACUCUCCUAACGCGCCUCUUCUCAGUCGGAGCCCUCUUUCUCUUCGUUACGCACGGCCUCUCCGAAGCCGCGCGCUCGGACAAAUGCGCCUCGCGCUGCGACGUCAGCUCCUGCCCGAGUCCCAGCUGUCCCGGCGGCUACGUCCCGGACAGGUGCGGCUGCUGCCUGGUGUGCUCGCCGCGGGAGGGGGACCCGUGCGGCCGCAGGAACGACCUGCCGUGCGGGGACGGCCUGGAGUGCAAGGCGCACGCCGUUUCUGGCGCUGCUGCUGCUGCCGCGGGAAGGCGGCGAGGCUCCUCCAGGGGGGUCUGCCGGUGCAAGCAGGACCACGAAGUGUGCGGCAGCGACGGGAAGACCUACGCCAGCGUUUGCAAACUGAAGGCGGCCAGUCGGAGAGCCGUGCAGAGAGGGAGAGCCGCGGUGAGCCAAGCGCGCAAAGGGCCGUGUUCGGCUCCGGGCCCAGGUCGUUCUCUCGCCCAUCCCGGUAGCCCCCGAUUCAAGUUCAACUUCAUCGCUGACGUCGUGGAGAAAAUGGCUCCUGCUGUCGUCCACAUCGAGCUGUUCGUGAGGCAUCCUCUGUUUGGUCGCCAUGUGCGGCUGUCCAGCGGCUCUGGGUUCAUCGUGACUCACUCAGGUGUGAUUGUGACCAACGCUCACGUGGUGACCACUGCCGGCACGGUGACCGGGAGGCCGCAGCUGCGCGUCCAGCUCCACGACGGAGACGCGUACGAGGCCGCGGUCAGAGACGUGGACAGGAAGGCGGACAUAGCCACCAUAAAGAUCAACCCACAGAAGAAGCUUCAUGUGCUGUCCUUGGGCAGUUCAGCCGAUCUGAGGCCAGGGGAGUUUGUCGUCGCCAUCGGCAGCCCCUUCGCCCUGCAGAACACCGUGACGACAGGCAUCGUCAGCACCGCUCAAAGAGACGGCAAAGAGCUGGGCAUCAAGGACUCGGACAUGGACUACAUCCAGACUGACGCCAUUAUCAACUAUGGCAACUCUGGAGGACCUCUUGUUAACUUGGACGGUGAGGUCAUAGGCAUUAAUACUCUAAAAGUGACUGCGGGGAUCUCCUUCGCCAUCCCCUCGGACAGGAUCAGCCGCUUCCUCACAGAGUCACAGACCAAAUUCAACAAAGAAAAGAAGCAACUGCAGAGAAGACGCACGGAGGAACCUCAAUCUGAUGCAGUUUCAGAAGUGAAGAAAUACUUUCUAGGCAUCAGGAUGAUGACAAUCACCAAAGUGUUAAUAGCAGAGCUCAAACUUCAGGAUCCGGACUUCCCUGAAGUCAGCAGUGGCAUUUUAGUGCAUCAGGUCGUACCUAACAGCCCAGCAGAGAGUGGAGGUAUUCGGGCAGGGGACGUCAUAGUGAAGCUGGAUGGACGCCCGGUUCACACCGCCGAAGACAUCCACGAUGCUCUGCAGAGCGAACGGCCUCUCCUACUCGAGAUUCGUAGAGGAAAUAAUGACUUACUGUUUAAUGUCCACCCUCAGCUGUUGGUGCACUGAGAAAUAGGACGGGCCAUUUCAUUUCAGCUUGGACAAUCUAGUGAAGAGAGAAGAUGGACAAGCUUUUAAGAUACCAACAUGUGUGGAGUAUUUGCGAGAAAUGCUGCAAGCAAAUGACGUUUUCCAGUUUCUAUGAUGUAUAUUUUGUUAGAUUUCUACUUAUAAAAUGAUUUCUUCAUAAACAGUGCAAUACAAAAGUAUUCAUACCCCUUGGACCUUUUCAUAUUUUGUCAUGUUACAGCUACAGAUAUCAAUUCAUUGUUUUCCAGCCUCACAUCUUUUGCAAACCUUUACCAGAUCUUCUUUCAGGACUGGCCUUUGUUUAACACAAAUCCUGACCAGGUUCCCUGUCCCUGCUGAAGAAAAGUCUUUUCACAGCAUAAUUCUGCCACCACCACGCUUCAUGCCCGGUGGGGUGAUCCAUGUUAAUUUUCUGCUGCACACUCAUUUUUAUUUCUUAACCGAAAAGUUCAGUUUUAUUCUCAUCAGAACAGACCUGGACCAAACUGCAAACAAGGUUUCAAAGAAACAUGGCUUUCUUUUAACAAUUGCUUCUUUUUUCACAAUAAAGGUCAGAUUUAUGGUAUGCACAACCAACAGUUCUCCUGUAAACUGAUGGUUCUGCCUCCAGAGCCUCAUGACUCAUGGUCACAACUGACUCCUGGCUGCACACCCCUGGAGUUUACUAACUAGGUGACCUCUGAAGGCAACUACUUGCACAGGACUUUAUUUGGGGGUAUCAGCAUCUGUAAAAAUUUAUUUUAUUUCCACUUCACAACUAACAGAAUAACAUUGUUGUUCUGUCAGAGCAAAAGCUAAAUAAAAAAUACAUUGAA